GCCGUCAAUAGUUCGCUGCGUGCACGUUUCCCGCCACCAGCGCCUCGCGAAGGACAAACCGCGCCAAGUGCGCUAGCUAGUCGCCUGUAGUCAUCGCACGUGUCCGAUCAUAGGGCUCUUAGGGUCCGAAGAACAGGGCACAACUCGCAUAAGCUUAUAUAGCGCCUGUUGAGCGUCAAUAGAGAGAGUGGGAUACGUAAAGAGGUCAGAAGUCCCUCGUUUCGUACAGCUCAUUUAAGUCCAGACAGCUAGUGUCAGCAAAUUGUUGUUUUGAGAGUAACAUAAAGCAACACGAUACAGAAGCAUAUCCUGAAACAGGGUCGUCUCUGCCUGGCCACGGCGGCAACAACUCCUUCAACCAUGGCGUCUUCCUUCGCAAUCCUGCUGCUCGUCAUCCUCUCAUUGUGUUCGCACCUCAACGAGGUGCUGGGUAACGAGACUGGUGGCAGUUCCGCUUCCUCCUCGUCGUCGUCGCAGUCCAAGGGGGCCCGCACGCUGGACAAGCUGAACGCCGGCGAAUACAUCCGCGGGCUGGGCGGCCGCCGCGGCCUCGAUAAAAUCAGCGGCGGAGAGUUGCUGCGUUCUGCCGACGACGUCCAGCUUCUCCGGUCCCUGAUGCUGUCGUACGCACUGCGAGGUCUGUCUCCCUCAUCGCUCGGCUCAGGUACUCGCCGAGGCCUGGACAAGAUCGGUGGCGGCGAGUACAUCCGCGAAGCGGGUGCUUUCCCGAUUGGUGCUGGACUGACCAAAAGGUUUGACUCCUUAAGCGGAUUGACCUUCGGCGGCGACCAGCUACGCCUGCAGAAGCGCGGAUAUGGCCACGGCGAGUUUGAUGAAAUUGAUCACGCCGGAUGGCCUGGUUUUUACAAGCGCAACUUCGACGAGAUCGACAGAAAUGGCUUCGAAGGUUUCAACAAACGCAACUUUGACGAGAUCGAUCGAACUGGAUUUGAAGGGUUCUACAAGCGUUCGGGCGCCCGGAAAAAAUGAGGGUCUAAAGUAUUAACUAGAUCCCCGUCUCAGCGCCCCUACAUCCCAGUCGCGACAAUCCCAGCAUCCACCGAUACCUCUGCAUCAGUUUAGGUCCUUUGAUUACUCUGUUUCAAACUUUAGUCUGGCCAAAUACUAUAGGUAGAUUUGGAAAAUGCGAGUUUUCUAGCCUCAAAGUGCGAGCAUCUAAUAUUUCACAUGUGGCAGUAGAAUUCUGUGGCAUUAUUAUGAUACAGUGGGCAGACAGAUUCCCGUCGAUACAGUCGCCGCCAACUUCGUCACCCCUUGAGUUUUUGUUAUUGAACAAAAAGAAAACUGUGUGCAAAGAGCCCUUGUUGGUUUUGUAACCGGCAGGAUUUCUGCAGUCUGAUUUGUCCUUGUAGACCUCGAUCGUGCGUCCUUAGGUAGGUGAGGACAGAAUCACAAGGAAUUGUGGUCUGAGAUACUGGUAUUGUGGUAAGCGGUAUUGUGGUAUAUCGUGGUAAGCAGUAGCAAGUCGUUUGCCUAGGCUCUGGCUCAGCGAGCUCUUACGACAUGCCUAAGUAUAAAUGUAAUAAAUGAGAAGUCCAUCGAGAAGCGAGUGCGGCGUUAGAAAGCGGAAGCGUUGGACGGUAUGCGCGCACGCCAGAUUCGCAAUAUGCAGAAGCUACGUAAGAGCUCAAAGGAGUAGUCCGCGAUGAAAAAGUGGUACAAUAUUUUUGCUCAGAGAGCGCUCGUCUGCCACCAUGCAA